AUAUUCACCUCCUGCGACGCCAGUAAAAUUGUUUGAUUUAUUAAAGUAUCAAAGUGAUUGCAGCAAUGGAGGCCAAAGACGAUUCGCCAGCGACAUCAACGAAUCCGCCUCCAACUACAGAGGCAGCUAAGGAUACAGCCAGUGCCGUUGUCGCUGCCGCUGCCAGCAACAAUACACAAGCUCCAGCAAAUUCGGCGGCAACUGCAACAACAGCAGCCCCGGCACCAGCAACAAGCAAUAAUUCCAGCUCCAGCACAGGAGCAGCUGCAGUAACAGCGGCAGCAACAGCAUCAACCACAUCAGCAAGCACCGCUCAGCAGCCGCCACCGGCCAAAAAGCCAAGCGCUCCGCCUGCGCCGCGUGCCGAUCCCAGCGCGCUGCCAACGCGCCAAUAUCUUGAUCAGACCGUGGCACCCGUUUUGCUGCACGGCUUGCAGGCAUUGGCACGUGAACGGCCCACAGAUCCCAUACAAUUUCUGGCCUCGUACUUGCUAAAGCACAGCAAUGGCUGCGAGGAGCCAGUCGCCAACGAGGCCAGUACUUAGGUGUAGUUUCUCGUUUCUGUUCCCAAAAUCCCGUUGCCCUAGCUUUGUAAGUGAAAGUCCCCAAUAAAUGUUUAAAAUUACAUAAAACUAUAA